CCACGGUAUUUACAAUGCGCGCAUUACCCAUUCAGUGUCGAAGAAGACAGUAAGCGAAGUAAGGUUAAAGCAGGAAAUUUAAUUAAAACUGUGAAGUGAGAACGAGAGGAAAACUCUGGCGGAUUUUUCUUUGAAUCUGUAGACAGUUUUGUCGCUUUGCGGCCGCCAUAUUUGUGAUAAGUGAUCAAGUACAAAAGCUUUUCGGGUUUACAUCGCUGUCCAUCGUCGAAGGAUUUUAUUGCUGGUUUACACCAGUAUCUUGCUAAAAAGAUAUUACAAGAUUAGAAACAUGGCGGACAAGGCCACAAUACCAAAUCACACUUCUCCUGUUAAAUCUUUGUUAAACAACCAAGUAGUGAAAGCGGUAGAUGACAAAUCUUGGAAAGCACAGAUUCCAAUCCCUCCAAGAGAUAGAAGGAAACGAACGUCUGAUGUAACAGACACAAAAGGCAAUGAGUUUGAAGACUUCUGUUUGAAACGAGACCUGCUCAUGGGUAUAUUUGAGAAGGGAUGGGAACGCCCAUCUCCUAUCCAGGAGGCAUCCAUACCUGUAGCAUUAAGUGGGAGAGAUAUCCUAGCACGUGCCAAAAAUGGCACUGGUAAGACUGGGGCAUACUCUAUUCCUCUCCUAGAACAGAUAGACCCUUCUCAAAACCACAUUCAGGCCAUGGUUAUUGUGCCUACAAGAGAAUUGGCACUGCAGACUAGUCAUAUUUGUAAUGAGUUAGCAAAGCAUCUAGGUGUUAAGGUCAUGGUUACGACGGGAGGCACCAAUUUAAAGGAUGAUAUCAUGAGAAUUUAUGAAACUGUUCAUGCUGUAAUUGCUACUCCUGGAAGGAUCUUGGAUCUCAUGGAGAAGAAGGUGGCUACUGUUGACAAGUGCAGAAUGUUGGUUUUAGAUGAGGCUGAUAAAUUGCUAUCACAAGAUUUCAAAGGAAUGCUAGACAGAGUGAUCUCAUAUUUGCCAUCAGAAAGACAAAUUUUAUUGUAUUCUGCCACUUUUCCUCUGACUGUGGAGCAGUUCAUGAAGAAGCAUUUAAGAUCUCCUUAUGAAAUAAAUUUGAUGGAUGAGUUGACAUUGAAAGGAGUAACACAGUACUAUGCCUUCGUUCAGGAACGUCAGAAGGUCCAUUGUUUAAAUACUUUGUUUUCAAAGUUACAGAUCAACCAAAGUAUAAUCUUCUGCAAUUCAACGCAGCGUGUGGAAUUACUAGCCAAGAAGAUCACAGAAUUGGGGUAUUCUUGUUAUUAUAUUCAUGCAAAAAUGGCACAGGCACAUCGUAACCGCGUCUUCCACGAUUUCCGUGCGGGACUCUGCAGGAAUUUGGUUUGUUCAGAUUUGUUUACAAGAGGUAUUGAUAUCCAGGCAGUCAAUGUGGUUAUAAAUUUUGACUUUCCCAAAAUGGCUGAAACAUACUUGCACAGGAUUGGAAGAUCAGGACGGUUUGGCCACUUGGGUAUUGCCAUUAAUCUGAUAACUUAUGAUGAUAGAUUUGCCUUGCAUCGGAUUGAACAGGAACUAGGAACAGAAAUCAAACCAAUACCCAAGGUGAUUGACCCUGCUUUGUAUGUUGCUGAACAUCACCUGGAGGAUGACGAUGAAGGAAAUAUCAGUAAAUAACCAACUGAAGCAAUUGUACGUAGUAGGAGGUAUUAGCCCUGUGUAUAUUGAACAAGACAUACAAUCAGGUAAUCUUAACACUUGAUAAAACAUUGAGGGCAUAUCUUCCAAAUCAUAAGAACCUGUGUAUUGAAAUGCAUAUAGAACAAAUGAGCUAAAAUAACAAGUUUGAAACCUGACUGCUUGCAUGGUUUGAUGAGACUGCCAUAUCUCAGGUGGAAUUGUAUAAAUAUUUUAGCAUUUUUUUUUUCUGAAUGGAUUUUCUUUAGGCCCGAAGACGAGAGAUGGUGUUGUUCUCAUUGCAUUCAAAAUAUGACAAGACAGUUGUGAGUUGUGUUCCAGAGACGCUGCUAUGGACAGCUUUAAGAGUCUCGCCAUUGAGUAAUUACCGUGUGGCAAGGAUGCAAAACUACCCUGUUUAAGAUGCCAUUGUUAAAUGUUGUAUAGCCAUUUAGUGAAGUUUGGAUAUUGACCGAGUUCCAUUAUAGUGAAGCAGUUUUGCAGUGAAUGGGGAAGAAACUAGGAGUUGGAUGGCUUCAGUGCAUAGAUGGUUGUUUAUGAUGUGUUGGCUUGUUACCAGAAAAGAAAGCCUUGGCAAGUGUAGUGCAAGCUGAUGGAAAAAAACCUAAAAAAAAAACAGGACGAGACUUGGCCUGCCUCACGGAAUGACUACAGUGGUCUGGGCUUCUCAUGUACAGUUAGAACGAGUGCAUUGUUAACUUUUUUGGAGUAUAUCAUGGGUUUUUUUUUUAUUUUUAUUUUUAAAUUUGCUUCCUCCUGUUGUGAGGAAAGGAAAAUCUCCAGUAAUGUUAGUUUAUUUGGGUUAAGUCCCAAACUGGUGACAAUGCACACUUGUAGUUUUGUAUAUCUAUUUUUAUACAGCCAGGGCAUCAGAUGUCAGUGGAGCAUGUAGGCUUUGAGAAUGAAUGAGAGAACCUUGUAUUCGUUGAGAUUUUGCCUUGCAAGUUGGUAUACCAAAUACAUUUGGAAGUCUUAUUUUCUCUUGUAAGAUAAAUGUUUGAAGAAGUGAAAUAGUAUUUGACAUGUAUUUAGUUUUUAGUUUCCAGUUUUCAGCAGGCAAGUGGGUGGCAUUAAAGAGAUUGUGAUAAAAAGUUUUCAGAGAAAAUGCCUUGAAUGAACAAUGAUAUGGGGACAUUGUUGCUGUUGCUACUGUUCUUUAUUUGAAAUUUUGUUACUUGCUAUAGCUACUACAGAGACCACUGACACCUGGUGCCCCAUUUUCCUUCUGUGAAGAUCAGACUCUACAUCGCAGAAAUAUUUCUGACUUGCAUAGCAGGAAACGCAUAAAACAGUGUAUCAACAUCUGCAAAGUUUUGUGGUGCCAGAGGUAUGGACUCUGUUAUUUAAGGCACCUGAGUCUGUUCUGUAAGACUUCCAAAAAGUCUUGUGGUGAUGGGUUUGAUGUUCCUUUUAACAAAUUUGGAAAAGUCCAGGCUCGAAUGGGGUGCAGUACCUUAGUUUCACAUGUUGGUCUGCUCUCUUAAGUCUGACCAUUGUGAAAUUGUGGCAGAUGUUCCCUUGUUCGACUGAAAUUGAGAUACUUCUGUUAUACCACUUGAGAAAGUUUAAAUUGUUUUUGGGGAAAACCCUCUAGUACCUCAUCCAACUUAGUAUGUUUAUGGCUCCAUCUAAAGUCUGAUAUUUUGUUGUUUCAUUGGAUGUUGGUCCUCUUACAGAUAACGAGUAGUCCGUUUUUCUACAUAAUUUAUUGAAGCAAUGGAGCAAUAGUCUAUACUCCAUAGUUUAUAUGAAGUAUAGUACUGUAUCUCAGUGUUGAGGAUCUCUGCAAUCCCAUUCUCAACAGGCAGCAUCCUAAAUCAAACUGGGUGAUGGAUUGUCAUUUUGAAAUGACUUUUCUUAUCCUGAAUAUCUUUUAAGAUUUUUUUGAAAUUUGGAUUGCAUAUAACUGGCAACCUCACAUUUUUGAAGAAUCCCUAUAGUGAUAGCAUUGAGGAUAUGAAAUAUUGUAAUGUCAUGACAGUUAACUUUGGGGAUGCAGUUCAUAGGGGCUACAAAGAACUUAAACUAAAAAAAUAAUCUGUGAGGUAUGCCGUGAUUAGUUGCCAUGUCUCCAAUCUUGGUCACUUAAAAUCUGUAACUGUUGAGACAUGCAACUCUAAAAUUGAUUAUUGAUUUCUAUUUGAAAUGUAAAUUUGUAAAAUUGCCCCUUUUUGAGGAAGAGAAGGAAUUUGCAAUCUCAAGGUACACAAUUAUAAAGUGUAAUUAUAUUUGCAAUAUUUGUAAUGUAUAUUCAUAAAUAGCUAUUGAAAAGGGUAUAAUUUUUUAGACCAAAAACUCCAAACUGGCUUGCUUUAGAAUCUGUGGAAAGGAAGUACCUCUCUACAGGUUGCUUAAAGUAGGCCUUUGGGCCAAGAUUGUUAUUUUUGUGGGUAAUCAAAGCUUUUUUUUUUUUAUAUAUGAAUUGGUCUGGUAAAAUUAAUAAUUAAAAAGUUAUAGAACUUGAGAGAAAGAUAAGAAGAAGCUUACUCAGUGCAAUAAUACUCUUGAGGUAACAAUAGUGGUUAGUGCUAGGUACAUCUGGGGUGCCUCAAAGUAUGUAUUACAUAUGUAUUUUAAAAACAGACCUUGUAAAUUACCAUCUUCAUGUUUAUAAGUUGAAAGAAAUCUCAUAGAAUUAUAUACAAUUGCUUUAUAUGUUUAGCAUUUUGUACAGAAAUAUACAUGUUAUUGUACAUAUACAUGCACUUUUGUGCAACAUUGUUUCACAAACAUGCAUGUAUGUUAUGUAUACAGGUUUAUGAAUGUACAGAUGUCCGUAUAAACAAUUGUAUAUCAUAUAAAGCACAGUAUGUUAGUAAGAGAGAAAAGCUAGCUUGUGUGUGUAAGGAAAGGGUGUUAAGACUGCUCGUGUCUGGAUUAUGCCUGGUGUGAAAGGGUACUAGAGUAUAUGUAGGUAUGCGUGCACCUAUGUUUGUGGAUUUAUAUAUACAUGCAUUGAUAAUGUGCUGUGCAUGUGUAUAUCUGUAAACAGGUAUGUGUAUGUGCAUAUAGCCUGUUUACAUUUUUAAUAGCAUAUACAGACAACAUUAUUUGCAUGUAUGGGUAUGGUAGUUCUACAAUUUGUGAUAGGAAGGUGUGUGAGAGAUUUUGAUUACUUGGAUUAAUCUUGACUGAUUCUUAAGUACCUACACUGUACUAGUGUAUAUGAUGUAUGUUUGUGAUGUGCAUAUGUAUGCCAGUACUGUGCAUAUAUAAACUUAUGCACUGAUAAAUGAAGAUGUGUAAACUGUUGAAUGAUCGUUUAUAUAUGAAUGAAUUUGAUACUCAUAUUAAUGUGUAAGUGCGAUAGUCGUGGUACCAUCUUUUUUUUUAUUGGCGUGUGUGUGAAUCGAGAAUGAGACUAUUAUUUUUAAAAGGAUAUUUAUUUUAUCUGAUCGGUUGCAUUGCCUCCAAAAUGCUUAAGUUACCAAGUUGAGAAAAGGCUGCAAGUAACUUUUCCACCAUCUGGUUAUCAUGAAUUGGUGUCUUCAAUUUUAUGCUGAAGCCACAUGAAAGUCCUGUUAUUUUUUGGUAAGUUUUGCUUUAACAGUGACAGAAUAAAGGUAAAAUUUUAAUUUAAUGGGAUGUCACAAAUUUUAGUAAGGUUGUAAUGAAAUGUGCUUUUAAAAAUCUUGGGGAAAAAAAACUGGCUACAAGAGGCAAUUGAAGCUAAAAAGGCAAUGAAAUAAAGAAAAAAAAGAAAAAAAAACAAAAAACCCAAAAUAAAAAAUGAGAGUAGUAAAUAAA